GGUAUGGUCUGCUACCGCUGUGUGCUGCUCUCCUUCCUGAAAGACACUUGCACUGGAGCCGCGGAUGUCGCUGCGAACAAGUCGGUGAAUAUUCCUGAGGAUCUUGUCAACUUGUCUUGUCAUCUCUCACAUGGCAGUGAACCCCUCGACUGAAGAUUAAACCAAGUACACUCAGCCCCAGAGCUUUGCCCCCGUAGAUGCCGCUCAGUCUCCGUCUUUGCAAAUGGCUUGCUGCUUGAAGGACGAGCUCCUCUGUUCCAUCUGCCUCAGCAUCUACCAGGACCCCGUGAGCUUCGGCUGCGAGCACUACUUCUGCAGGAAGUGCAUCACCGAGCACUGGAGCAGACAGGAGCUCCACGGAGUGCGUGACUGCCCUGAGUGCCGGAGGACCUUCACCGAUCCCCUCCUCUCGCCGAGCCUCAAGUUGUCCAACAUCGUGGAGCGCUACUCGGCCUUCCCGCUGGACGCCAUCCUCAACGCUCAGAGGAGCUCGUACCCCUGCAAGGACCACGAGAAGGUCAAGCUCUUCUGCCUCACCGACAAAAGUCUGGUGUGCUUCUUCUGCGACGAGCCGGCGCUACAUGAGCAGCACCAAGUAACGACUAUCGACGAGGCCUUCGAGGAGAUACAGAGGGAGAUGAAGGAGCAGCUGGCCACCCUGCAGGACAGUGAGAAGGGACACACUGAGGCCCUGCAGCUCCUGCAAAGACAACUUACUGAGACCAAGUCCUCAGCCAAGAGUCUGCGCGCAACCAUCGGCGACGCAUUCGAACGUCUUCACCGCUUCCUGCGCGAGCGUCAGAAGAGCAUGCUGGAGGAGCUGGAGAUGGACACGGCCCGCAAGCUGGCCGACAUCGAGCACAAGAUCCAGCGCUACAGCCAGCAGCUGCGAGACGUCAAGGAGGGCAUCCAGAUCCUGCAGGACCGCCUCAACGAGACGGGGAGGCACGACUUCCUGGAGGGAGUAGCCGUCACAUCUGAGAGGUGCUUCACCUGCUCUGAGUUUGCUAAAGCAGUCCCAGUGUCAUCACUGCAGUCCGAUAAGAAACAGAAUGUGGUUGUAAACACAUUUGCUUCAAGAAGGAUCAGGAUUAAAGGAAAGAUACAUGAGACCAAUCUGACGUAUGAAGACUUCCCGACAUCCAAGUACAUGGGACCCUUACAGUACACUAUAUGGAAGUCUCUCUUCCAGGAUAUCUCACCAGUGCCAGCAGCGUUGACCCUCGACCCCAUCACAGCCCAUCAAAGACUGAUCCUCUCAGACGACUGCACCAUAGUGGCCUACGGGAACCUCCAUCCACAACCCCUGCAGGACUCCCCGCGUCGCUUUGACGUGGAGGUGUCCGUUCUGGGCGCCGAAGGCUUCGUGUCGGGCGUUCAUUACUGGGAGGUGAUGGUGUCGGAGAAGACCCAGUGGAUGAUCGGUGUGGCCCACGAGACAGUCAGCCGCAAGGGCAGCAUCCAGAUCCAGCCCAGCCGCGGCUUCUACUGCAUCGUUAUGCACGACGGGAACCAGUAUAGCGCCUGCACCGAGCCGUGGACCCGCCUCAAUGUAAAGAGUAAGCUGGAGAAGGUGGGGGUGUACCUGGACUACCACAAAGGCCUGCUCAUCUUCUACAAUGCAGACGACAUGUCCUGGCUCUAUACUUACCGGGAGAAAUUCCCCGCCAAGGUCUUCCCCUACUUCAGCCCGGGCCAGAGCCACGCCAACGGCAAGAACGUGCAGCCGCUGCGAAUCAACACUGUGCGCCUUUAAGAGGAUGCAUCACACAUCUAUGGUCAAGAUUGUCCCGACGGAUAACUCACAGGACUUCUGUAGGUUUCAAAAGAUGUGCAAGAAAUCAGUUUAAAAAAAAAAAAAAAAAUGUUUAAUAGGGUGUGUGAAAUGUUUAAUUAUUUCAGUGCAGUUAAGAAUUGUGCUUGAUGUUGCUCUUAAAACGUACGCUGUUAUUUUUGUGUGACUUGAAACGACCGUGCGAUAAUGGCCUGCAGUUGAGCCUCAUUCCACAUCUUUAAUUGAAAAGAUGACACUAAGUGGAGACAGAGGUACCCCUGGGCUCCUCUGGGGUCUGCGGCAGAUGUUUAAAAAAUGAGAAAAAGAGAUCCCCCCCCCUCUUAAAGCCCCAGGCCCACCUUGCACACUGCCAGGGGGCACCGCUCUUCCCAUCAAGCUCCAGGCUUGUCCGUCUUGGCGUUUUCUUCUCUUUCCAGGCAAGAGGACACUGAAGACCGGUCACUCUUCUUCUCUGUGCUGUACAGUUGGCUUAGCUUUGUGUGUGGAAUGUGUUUGACAGCACUCGGCUUUUGUUUGUCCAGCAGUAGACCUUGAACUCCAGGCCUGUUGGCACUUUUUACUCCUGUCUGAGACCAUGACCUUGUUUUCUUCCUGCAGGUCACGUCCACAUGUCCACUGUUCAUUCAUUAUCAUGGCAGGAAAAGCUCUUGUUCUAAGUGCAGCAGCGAUUAUCCACGUCUCCUAGAACAAAAGCAAUGAAAUGAAUCAAAAAGUAGUUCAUAGGCUACCCAUCCUUAUCCACCGCCCGGCCCUACCCAUGUGUGGUAGAAAAGUCUGUUUUAGAAUUGGAGAUUGUCCAGAAAUAUGCUGCUACUGAUGGAGGAUUUGCAUGUUUGUAUAUAAAGUAUCAAGGGUUAAAAGAUAUAAGUCUCUCAUCAUGCUGGCUCAUGUUUAAGUUUCCACAUCAUAACCUCAAAGUAUGCUAGCCAUCAGCAUACACUAUACCUGUUUGGUUUUUCUGUCCACUUCAAUGUUGAUUUUAAGAACAUGUCUGUCUUUCAGUCAUGAUGUUUGAUUAGUUUUUCUUAAAAACAAAAGAAUGUUAAAUCAUGUAGUCUGAGUAGACAGAGAGCCCCAUGAGGUGGAGACCUCUAUGACCUUUUCACACUGCUGUACUAUCCUUAGCCCUGGGCUAAGAGUUGACCCUGGGAUAACUUUGCUGCUUUUCACACGCACAUUGUAAACCCAGCGUUAACUUAGCCCAGGACUAUAUGAUCCAUAAUGCUGUUAUGCUAACCCUGGGUUAAAUGUCAGUUGGAACAUGUGACUUGGCUUUAUAUUCUAGAAUGACGCGUGACUACUCCAAUUAGACAGCAAAACAUGACGCAAAUCACAUUUACUUUAGCCCGGUUUCACACUGGCAACUUUUAGCCCUGUGUUAAGUCGAUUUCCAGAAGAUAACCACACAAACUCUAGUCUGACCCGGCUCCGAAGCAGCACAUGCGAGCCCUAGGCUAAAGUCGGCGUCAGCCCUCUUUGGAAUGUGCCGGUGUGAAAGCUCCCUCAGCCCAGGGCCAAGUGCAGUGUGAAAAGCCCUGUUGUUGUAAAAGCUUAACUCCUGAGAUCUGAGAAUCUAAAAGGUUAAAGAUGAAUUAUUACAAAAAUUCUACAGACACCAACUGAUCUCUCUUAUUUUAAAUCAUAUAACAAUAAAUGAAAUCAAGCUGUAUGUUUUGGGAAAUGGCAAUUAUCACGGAACAUGUUGAUGGACGGAUUGACUCUGGCGCUAAACAUGCUAUUCCUGUGCGUCUGGCAUUCCCAAGGCUGCUGCUGUCUGAAUCCAUGAUAUUUCCCCCUGAGGCUCAACCAUGUUUAUUACUUCGCCCCAGGUGCCUCAAGUGCUCUUGUUCAUCAUUAUUUGUACACAAGUGCUGCAGAAUCUGCUCUAGGAGGCUCUGCUCGCUCAGCCAAGUCCAGCAUAUUGAGAAAUGUGUCUGUGGGUGGGUGGACAUGUGCACGGGUAUGUUUGUGCGGCCAGGUUCAGCUGUAAUUUUUAAAUCCAGCUUUGGUUGUGCCUGCUAAAGCCCAUCUGGCCCCCCGAGCACCAGCCAAAAGUGAUUAUUACAAAAUACUUUGGAAUCAGGUAGAACUUUGGUAAAUCCGUCAAAAAGACCCAACAAAAAUAAAAUCACCUCACUCUUCCUUUUUCCGCUGUACAUCUUUGCAUUUGUGUGUGUGUUGUCUGUGUUGUCCAUGUAAAAGAAAAUUGGGGCAGUGCCCUUGUUUUUAUAGGAUGUGAUUCCGAUAUGUGCAGUAUGAAGCAAACUAGGGUCAAAUGUGAAGCAUCUGCAAAAUAUUCUUGGUAUUUGUUUUAACUCGCACAAAUGUGCAGGAGCCUGUUUUCAAGAAGCAGAUCUACAGGUCUUCUUUCCUCUGAAUUACUCAUCAGAUUCAUCCAGAUCAUUCUGUAAAUCUUUAGUUUUGUGAGACAGGAUUUAUGUAAUUAUGUGUGAUUAUAAUAAUUACCAGAUGGUUUUAGACAAUCAGGACAGAUUAAGUCAUUUUACUUCUCUCUGAUUGAGACUUUGUUGCCCUUGAGAAGUAAGUCCCAGCCAGCUGGUGCUUCAAAACAAAUGCUUACAUUUGACCCCAGUUUGCUGUGUUGCAGACGUCAUUGGACUCUGCUUCAUUAAAGACUUUCUGUUGAAUAUUAAGAAGGAGAUUAUUGUGAGGUGGUGUUGGGUUACUGGUGGUGGUGUUGAUGACGUGAAUUGUCAAAACAAUUUAUGAUGAUGAUGAUAACUAUGACACUUUUAAUGAUUAUAAUGAUGAUUGUGUCUUUUGAUGAUGGCCGCUGUGCACCCAUCAUUGUGUGAAUACACUUUAGUGUGCUUUAGCUGCAGCUGAGGUUUGUGGGUAAUGUUUUAAU